GUCAUCGCAUAUCGGUAGUCGGCAAACGCUCCUGGCAGAUAAUGAGAAGUCAGGGGGAGGUCAUGGGCAGGAAGUUCAAGGUAGUUUAAGUAUAUUUUCCCCACGUCAUUCGUUUCGAAACAGUGUGGUUUUUGACGCCCUCCUUGUGUUAAAACAAGGCGAAAAUAGGCAACUCAGUGUGCCAUUGCAUGGGUUCAGUGUACAUUGGAAGAUUAAAAGGAUCAAGGGAGAGCGCACAGCCAUCAUUAAUGAGGAUUAUUAAAUUGAAAGAUAUUUGUUUUUAUAAAUAGUCACUGCGAGCUGGCAUUUGUUAAAAUGAGGCUUUUACGGUUUCUUAUGAAAUCCGCAUCAAUCGAAAAACACAUAGAUUACUACUCCAGGUUUUCACCGUCGCCUCUUUCCAUGAAACAGUUCUUAGAUUUUGGGACGGAAAACGCCUGCGAAAGAACAUCGUUCAUGUUCCUGAGACAGGAGCUGCCAGUAAGGCUGGCCAACAUCAUGAAGGAAAUAAACUUGCUGCCUGACAACCUGCUGAAAAUGCCUUCUGUUAUGCUGGUGCAGAGUUGGUAUAUGCAGAGUCUUGAGGAAAUACUGCAGUUUAAGAAUAAAGGCACUGAUGAGAAAGUUAUAUACGAUUUCACAGAUGCUGUCAUUAAGAUCCGCAACAGACACAAUGAUGUCAUCCCUACCAUGGCCGAGGGGGUGGUGGAGUACAAAGAGGCCCACGGCAUGGAUCCGGUGACCAGCCAGAAUGUGCAGUACUUCCUGGACCGUUUCUUCAUGAGCCGCAUCUCCAUCCGGAUGUUGCUGAACCAGCACACUUUACUCUUUGGUGGAAAGAUUCCAGCAAACCCUGCCCACCCUAAACAGAUUGGCAGUAUUGACCCCAACUGCAAGGUCACAGAAGUGGUGAAGGAUGCAUACCAGAAUGCUAGAAAAUUAUGUGAUCUGUAUUAUAAGAACUCACCAGAGUUGAAGCUGGAAGAACUGAACGCCAAAGAGCCUGGAACACCCAUAAUGGUGGUGUAUGUGCCUUCUCACCUUUACCAUAUGGCAUUUGAGCUUAUUAAGAAUGCCAUGCGGGCCACCAUGGAGUACUGCAGAGACAAUGAAUGCCCUGAAGUUCACGUACACAUCACCCUUGGGAAUGAAGACCUAACCGUGAAGGUGAGCGACCGAGGAGGGGGCGUGCCCUUGAGGAAGAUCGAUAGGCUCUUUACCUACACCUACUCCACGGCCCCUCGACCCCGCAUGGAGACAUCCCGGGGGACCCCCCUGGCUGGCUUUGGUUAUGGCCUGCCCAUCUCACGCUUGUAUGCCAGAUACUUCCAAGGUGACCUGAAGCUGUAUUCCAUGGAGGGCUAUGGCACCGAUGCUGUGAUACACAUCCGGGCAUUAUCCACGGAGUCCGUAGAGAGGCUUCCGGUCUACAACAAGUCCGCCUGGAGACACUACAGGACGAUUCACGAGGCCGACGACUGGAGCGUGCCCAGCAAGGAGCCCAAGGACGCGGCCACUUUCCGAGGAUCCUAGGUCUGAAGCCGGAGUCUCGUCGCCAUACUGGAGACUGCAGGGACAGAGGGAGCAAGAGACCUUUUCAUUAUUCAUAAUUUUCCACAUGAGCGUGUGAUUGACAAGCUCCUUUAAGAACAGAAAGGAGUUCACCGGUCUGGUUUUAACGUAUUCAGCUGCCUACGCCUCACUGGUGGUAUUUUAUGCUACCAUUAUGAUGCUGUGAUUGUGAAAAUGCAGAUUUAAGUUAUGUGAAUUUUUGCUGUAGUGGUAACCAUUUCCACGGUCAUUUUAGACAUUUCAUUUGCUGCGGCUGAAUGAGCCUGUCAGGGUCACUGUUUUCAGUGCAAGUACUAAUGAAACACUUGAUGAAAGCUGGACUGAAUGUGCUUGUCGAUUCUAGCUACAAAGGAGCUGUGGGCUGUAUUGUCUUAUCAGGGCUUUUGGGCCUGGUGAUUUCUGUUGUACCUCUGCCGUUUGGUUCAGGUAAAAAAAAAUUUUUAUCUAGAAAUUAAUAUUUCCUGCCUCAUGCAUAUGGGAAAAUUAGCUACUGAGCAGGAAAACAGGCAUUUAAACCCCCCAAGAAGAAGCCACAAAAUUUGAACAGAAACUCUACAAUGCUGGUACUACCCAAAUGAUCCUUUAAAAUCUGCUUUCAAUUCCGAAGAUGUUUUGAUGUGCAAAGGUCAUAUGGCAUUUAACAGAUUAAUGUAGCUAGAGGGUUGUGAUGUAAUGUUAUACAGUAUUAUUCAUGUAUGGUGCCUUCAGGGCAAGAAGGUAUUUUUGAUAAGUAAAACUGCACAGUUUACCAUUUUUCUCUCUCACCUUUGUCAUAUUCAAUUGUGGUGUGAGGAAGAUAUUUUGGGGGUAUGGAAUGGACAGAAUUUUUAAAAAUAUCUUUUGAGCUUGUCUAAAAUCACUAGAAUAUGUAUAUAAAAAUAACAUGUAGACUAUCUUCUGAAGGUCAAACAUUGCUGUAUUUAGGAACACAUGCAUCCAAAAUACCGUUAGCCUAGUCCACAUUUCUAAUGCAAUCGUACCUUAAGCAUUAAACAUUUACUAAAUUCUAACAAA